UCUUUGCCAUUUGAGUCUAUAUUAAGAAUCUGUAAUCUGUUUAAAAUAAACUUCCAUCUAUGGACAGGACUGAUGUCAUCCAUCCGAUGAAAAAUUAAUUAUAAUUUUAAUAACCAAUAGCGUUACAAGUGACACAACGGGCGUUAUUGUUUUAUCAAAAUCUAUAUUAAUUGCUCCAGAGUGUGGAUAUUUCAUACAGUGUUGUGUAAACGAAAUAUAAUAAAAUUUUCUUUGUAUCCAAUUCAGUGCAAUAAUACUUUUCAUUUAGUACAUUUUAAUGUGUGGGGUGUUUACGAUUUCAUAAUUUAAGUCUAUAUCUGUCAACAGAGACGAUGUCUCCACAGACUAUCCAAAAACAGUAGUAUUGGGAAACAGUUAAUAAUACAUUGUACGAUGUCAAGUACAGAGCAAAAUUUAUUGAACUCAAUGCAACAAUUGUCUGUGCAACCAAGUAACAGUGCUCCUCCUGAGAAACCAACUCAAGUUGUAACUCCAGCUAUCAACAGAAACCAGCCAUCCGCGUCUAAAAUUGCAUCGGUCAAAUCGAGUACAGUAUCUCCAGCUAUUGCGACUAUUGAUCGUCUUUUGAGCUUGGGUACAACACCUCCACCUCCUCCCGUUAUAACCAGGCCUACAGACAUGGACCCCCACACUAUGGAGCAACUUCGAGCUGUUAAAGAAAUGUUAGCAGCUCAAGAGGAAGAAGCUCAAAGUUUAAGAGACAUUAAUAGAGAAAUGCGUACCCGAUUGGAGGAAUGUGAAACAAAGAUUAAGAAAUUAACUGAACUCAACGAAGAAUAUGCGGAGAAAGAGAAGGGCCUAUCACAACGUGUAGCAGAGAAAGUACGAAAUAAUAAACAAAUGAGCAUUGUCAUGGAAGAGUAUGAGCGUACAAUUUCAUCUCUCAUAGGUGAAAAAGAUACAGAAACUAAAAGAUGGGCAGAGGAAAGAGCAACAUUACUUAGAGAGCGAGAUGAGGCAGCUGCUCAUUUAGCUUCAAUGGAGCAUGCUUUUAAUGAUGUUCACACUAAAUAUGAACGAUGUAAGGUUAUAAUCCAAGAUUAUAAAACAAAUGAAGUUGCAUUGAAAAGAACUGUAGAGGAGAACAAUGAUGCAAUACAGAAAUUAGAGGCUCGAUAUGAAGCAUUAAGACAGCAUGCAAUGCAGCAAUUGAACAAAGCCAAUGCAGAGCUUGACUCAGUAAAGAAGUACCACCAGGCAGAGAUCCUUAAAUUGAAUGCUAUGCUCAAAAAGAGUGAAGUUCACGCUUCUUCAUUGCAGGAAUCUCUAGCCCAGAAAAUCAAAGAUAACGAGGAACUUACUGCAAUUUGUGAUGAGUUAAUUAACAAGGUUGGUUAACUAAUCAUUAUACUGAGUAAUUACAUUUUCAUUUAUCUUACAUGCAUUUGUAAUUGCAUGCUAAAUAUUAGACUAACAUUUAUUUCAUGUAACUAAUAUUAUGAAAGCAAGUUAACAAUGCUUAUUU